AUGAGCUAUAUGCUAGUUAUUCGAGUUGUCAUAAUAGUUGGAUAUGUUGUGGAGGCGACUAUCGGAAAUCAUACAGAGUGGCUUGGUCGCCCGAAUGGCUUACUUUCGCGACGCGCUCGGGCUGUCGUCUUUCCCAAAGGCUCCACAGUGUUGAUAACGCCAGCGAUGACCAAAAUAAUUGUGGGCGGACGGCCAAGUGGAUUACAAUACAGCGUAGAGUUCGAUAUGUAUGUAGAUCUGCCGGAUACUGUGGAUGGCUGGCGACCAAAAAUACUCGAUCAUGAGAAUCAUAACAAAGCAACAGGCGCAAAGCCGAUGCAUCGCUGGGACUGGAAUUGGAACGAUUAUAGGCGCAAUGGCACACGAUACAGGAAUGUUCAUCGUAAGCCCCAUUUAUUCUAUAGAGGCCCUUACCAGCCAGAACACUAUGCCAACUAUAUGAAAUCUGAAACACACAAGGAAUAUUUCUAUAAAAGGCCUUGGCAAUUGACUGAAGAGCCCUGGCAACGACAUCAACGGGGAAAUUUGGAGCAGGAGGUAUACAAAUCUUGGGCGGAUGUGCCCAGGUGGAAACUAAAUCGUGAUUACAGAGAGAGACGAGAAAUCUUUGAUCAAUUCGAGACAAUGGGAAAAUACUUUCGAUUAGAUAUAAGAUCCUGCAUAAAGCGAUCAAUGUGCGAGCUUCGGGAGAGAUUUAAUGAGCAUCAUGGCAGUGGAUUACUAAUGGAGGAUCUCUUACGCAUCAUUUUAACUUUGCCCGAUGAUGUCGCUGAGGAUAAGUAUCAGCAUCGAGAGAAUGUUCUGGACUGCGCCCGUUUCUAUGCGGUUUCCUGUCCAUAUAGAGUGCUUGACUUCCUCACAAUGAAUGUGAGCGCUAGUCGAAAGACUGAGUAGGCAUUGGAACCGAGAAGGCAUCUAAAACCGAAAUAGAGAAAAUAUUUAGGGCUGGGGGUUCAGUGUACAAAUUGCAAAACUAGAAAACAGUUCUCCGUUUCGGUUAUUUUCGAAAUUUUCCUUUUCUUUUUUUUUAAAUUAUAUCAAAAUUUUGUAAUUUUUUAAUAAGUUGGAACUGUUUCACAAAUAAAAUUGUUUUUGAAAUUAAAAAUGCUACCCCUUCACUCAUUAUGGAAUCGCUCAGCUUUACGUAGUUUGGCAAAGUUGCCCAUUCUGCCUGCUCUACGCAUGAAGUCAAAGAAGAGUGGAAAGUGCGAUGGAGCUAAGAUU